AUUUUUGUCGUAACAUGCAGGUGUACGGUACGCACGCUUGAGCUGGGUUGUAACCCUGCGAAAAUUGUCGGAAGAAAUUGACUUUGAACGGUCAUGUUAUGGUUACAACCAUGUUAUCCCGAUUUGCAAGAGUUUCACGUCUGUGCAGCUGUUCAGCCUUUCGAAAUUUCUCUGAGCCCUCCAGAAUACGAAACUCCCGAAAGAGUCUUUUCACAACAGCAGCAUGCCUACAGCAGUCAGACCAAGGAACAUCCAAGGGUGAGAACUUCAUACAUGUAGUCAGCACAGAGUUUGAAAAUCCAGACAGAUGGCAGAAUCUGCCUCUGGUGACGGGGAGGUCCGUGGAUGCCCCCGCGUUUCUGGAGAAGCCCCAGGCCUGGUUGGAGACAAUCAGCACCUUGGAGAACAUCAAACUGGGCAUGGUGGACCUGCAUCCAGAGGUCUUUGCCACAAUGCCAAGAAUUGACAUUCUGUAUCAAAAUGUUCUGUGGCAAAGGGACUACAAAAGAAUUAGUUUAGCCAAGACCAAGAGCAGGGCGGAAGUGCGAGGUGGAGGACGGAAACCAUGGCGACAGAAAGGAACGGGACGAGCAAGGCACGGCAGCAUCCGAUCACCCAUCUGGCGUGGAGGUGGCCGGGCCAAAGGGCCUCGUGGUCCCCGCAGCUUCUGGUAUGAGCUGCCCGUCAGUAUCCGAGCCCAGGGCCUGAGGGUGUCCCUGACAGUCAAGCUGGCCCAAGACAACCUGCACAUAGUAGACUCAUUGGAGUUGCCAUCCGCGGAACCACAGUUUCUUGAAGAUGUUGGUUUAAAGAGGCACUGGGGAGGAUCUGUACUGUUUGUAGACAACAAACCUGUCCCUGAAAUGCCAGAGAAUUUCCUGCAAGCAGUGAGUGGGAUCAAAACCUACAAUGUGUUAUCCACAGAGGGUAUUAAUGUAUACAGCAUGUUGAAGCACCACACGUUGGUCUUGACAUUGGACGCUGCCGAAUUCUUGGAGCAGAGGCUACUGUUCUACAUGAGGUGCUACAGAAAGAGAGACAUUAUAGACACCCACAAGAUUCAGUUAGGUCAACUGAAAAUUCUCCCCUCCAAGAGAGUCACGUCUGAACACUGAUGGGUGUGUCUUAAAGAGGAAUCUCAAAGGGGAUGUUUAUUUUGGACAACAGAAAUCUGGCAAACUCUGUGUGGAAUUUAGACUUUAAGGAGGGCUCUGCAUUAUUUUAGUGAAGCAGUUGUACAGUUUUUAAACCGAUCACAAGGUUGUUGGUGAGAAGUCGAUGCACUGUUUAUGCUGCAGUCUUUGUGGUCUGUGCCCUUUGUAGUUCAGCAUGCCCACCACUCAUGUAGUUGUAUAGAGGUUUUUCACGUGAGGUAACAUGAUGAGCAAAGGCAUUUUGGGAAGCGUACCUUGUCCGUGGAGGCGCUAGUAUUUUCGAAUCUGGGUAUUUCUACUGGCAAUUUCAUGUACGCCAGAAUGUCGAGGGACUUUGAAGGCGCGUGUAUUUCCACAUACAUCUGUGUAAAUUGGAUGCUGACUGUCCAAAAUCACGCGACUGAAAAUCUUCUAUACAUGCUUUGGUUUGAUUAGUAUUUCCUGUCAAAGAGCAGCUGAGACAGCUCUGUUUAGAGAUGACAGAAUGGAAAUUUAUCACACUUUCAGCUUGCCCAUGUAUCACAGUGUGUCUGCAGUCUUCUUUUGUAGUCUACUGACGGAUGUCCUGUCCAAAUAGCCAGGCUUAAGGUACUUUUUACAACUACUCUGGUGAGAGUAAAAGCCUUGCUCAAGAAACUGAAUACAAACCACACUCUCCAAAUGACACGAUUUCUUUUAAUGGUUUGAUUACGGUUUCUGAUGUCCAUUCAAAUAA